AUGCCAUCCUAUAGAUUGGUAUUUGGAAAGCUGUGUCACCUUCCAGUGGAGUUCAAGCACAAGGCUUUUUGGACGAUAAAACAGUGUAACAUGAAUUUAGAAGAAGCCUGUGCCCAACGAAAGUUGAACUUGCAAGAAUUGGAGGAGAUCCGGAACGAAGCGUACGAGAAUGGACUAAUUUACAAGGAGAGGAGCCGGGCAUUUCAUGACCAACAAGUCUCUAGAAAAACCUUUGAAGUUGUUGAAAUUCAGAGUGCUAAGACAGACAAUAAGAUUGUGGUGAAUGGACACCAUCUCAAACAUUAUUACGAAGGUUUUCCAAGUGAAAAAGUGGAGACGAUAAAUCUAGAUGCACCGCCGUGCCCCAAUUAA